AUGCAAGUACAUCAGGAGGAUCAAGAGAGAGUCAUGGAAGAGUUUUGUAUGCUGCUGAAUGACGACGAGAUUGUUGCUGCUGAGGCUCCUGGAGUCCAGAUUGAUCAACCAGAAGUGCAAAUACCUACUGAGGCCUUCACACUUCACCAGUUGAGCUCUCAGACAAGCUCGAUCGGCAGCUCGAUCGAGUCGAACUCUAGCUCGAUCGAGUCAGACUUCAUCAGUCCUCAAGCCGAUUUUGCUUGA